CGCCCUGGGUCGGAUCUCCUUCCAGUGACGGGGGUGGACGCCGACCCCGAGACGCGAAACAGACAUUCGAAAAAAGCGCCCUCGACCCACGAGCCAUGGACUUCAAAAACAAAGUCGCACUGAUCACAGGCGGUGCUGGCGGGAUCGGCAAAGCCUACGCCGAAGAGCUCCUCAAACUCGGUGCCAAGGUCUCGAUAUGCGAUCUGGACGAGGAGAACGGCGACCACUUGGCCCAGCAGUUCAACCUCAUGUACGGACACAACAGAGCCAUCUUCUGCCCCUGCGAUGUCACAGACUAUCCGCAGUUCGAAGCGGCUUUUCAAACAACCGUCUCUGUCUUCGGCGGUUUGGACAUUGUAGUCAACAACGCUGGAAUAUUCAACGAUAGAUUCUGGGAGCUGGAAGUCGACGUCAACCUUAAUGGGGUGAUACGAGGAACACUCCUGGCUUUCAGGUUCAUGGGACGGGACCGCGGAGGUCGCGGUGGUACCGUGGUCAUCACCGGGUCCACCCUGGGCCUGAGGCCGUGUGCCUGCGUCCCGAUCUACACAGCGACAAAACACGCCAUCAUCGGCUUCACCAGGUCCUUCGGAGACCCUUUCCACAUGAAUCUGUCCGGGGUGCGGAUCAUCGCCCUCUGCCCCGGGUCGACCCUCACCGAGACCAACGCGGAAGACAUGAAGAAAGGGAUUCUGUCGCCGGCUUACGAGCCCGUCUGGCGGAGGGAAUACGAGAACCGGCCUUUUCAACCAGUGCAGAACGUCGGAAGGGCUUUGAUACAUGUUCUCGUCAAAGGUGCAAGUGGAUCAAUAUGGACCGUCGAUAACCAAAGCCCACCGCGAGAAGUCAAAUUCACAUCUUCCCCUUGCUUAUUCGAAGAGAAGAUGGCACUCUCUUUUCUGAAAAACGGGCUUUGCCAGUGGAAAAGGCUAAUAUUGUGUAAUGGCCUACAACAACGAAAUGUGUCAAACAAGUCUUUAAAGCCGGUGAUGAACUUGGAAUGCAGAGUCGCACUUGUAACUGGUGGCUCUUCGGGUAUCGGGUUGGGUAUAGCGAAUGAGCUGUUGAAGAAUGGAGCCAAGGCCGUGGUCAUCAGCAGUUCGAAUGCCGAAGAGGGUGAAGAAGCUAAGAAUUUCCUGAACGACAACCACGGAGGCGGCAGGUGUGUUUUUAUGAACCUCAACACCAAAAAUGGAAAACAAUUUGAAGAUGUGUUCAAAGCCACUUUUCAUAAGUAUGGAUCUCUUGACAUACUUGUAAACAAUGCAGGAGUGCUCAAUGACAAAGCUUGGGAAGACACAAUAGCUAUAAACCUUAAUGGAGUAAUCCGUGGGAUCCUUCUUGGCCAUAAAUUCAUGCCUCAGUGUAACAAACCCAAAGGCGGUAUUGUGUUAAACAUCGGUAGCACGUUCAGUUUCGAUGCGUUCCCUUAUGCCCCUAUUUAUAAUUUGACCGAACACGGUAUAAUUGGACUGACGCGUUCAUUUGGUGAUAAAGCGCACUAUGUUGAAACAGGAGUGAGGGUAGUUGCUUUGUGUCCAGGAGUGACCAGAACGAAACAAAUCACACCGGGCAACGGUGAGAUGCUAAACGAAGAAUGGACCGAAAAAGCCUACGCAGUACUCGCAGACAGCCCUCAACAGUCGGUCGAGGCGGUGGCGAGCGCUGCGGUUCACGUGAUCAAAUAUGCAGAAUCUGGCACCUGUUGGCCCGUAGAAGCACACAUCCUGUACAAAGCGAACAUACCAGACAGAAAGUCCUACAGUGCCAAAAUAGCGGAUUUGUAAUA